CUAAUUAUUGUUUGAACUCCUCACCCAUCUCUAUGUACUAGACAACACCUUGUGUCAUAUAGUAUUUGGAUCAACGUACGACCAAUCAGUUAACAAUUGAUUGAUCUAUCAUUGAGCUAUUGAGGAAUAAUAGGAGAUUCGAUAAGUUAAUAUUGAGGUAACUGGAAACAGUCCACUGAUUUUAUCCGUGAACUAGCAAAAGAAGACUUUGUGAAGGAGCAAAAAUAACAAUGGCCGAUCCAGUAAUUGGUGCUACUGUUCAAGUUGUGCUUGAGAAGCUGCUUUCUCUCACUAUUGAGGAGGCCAGAACUUUAAGGAACUGCAAGAAAAAUCUCAGAAUGCUCACAAAAUAUGUAUCCAUCAUCCAAGCUUUCAUUCAUGAUGCUGAAAGACGACAAGUCGAAGAUCAGGCUGUGGAAGAAUGGCUCAAGAUGCUUGAGAGAAUUGCUGAAGAUACUGAAAAUGUGUUUGACAAAUUCACAUAUGAAUCUCUCAAAGCACAAGUGAUGAAAAACCCAACCAAACUAAUGGAAAAAGUCAGUAGCUUCUUUUCUAAUACUGCUUUUAAGUACAGAAUGUCUCGAAAAAUCAACAACAUCAAUGAAGAGUUUAGGGCUAUCAAUCAGUUAGCCAAUGACCUCGGUCUCCAAUCACUGACUGUUCCUUCUCGCAAAAUACUACAAAUCAGAGAAACAGAUUCCUUAGUAGUUGCUUCAGAUGUUGUUGGUAGAGACAAAGAUGUUGCUGAAAUAAAGGAUAAGAUGUUGAACAUGAGAGAGGAAGUUGUUCUGUGUGCCAUUCCCAUAGUGGGCAUGGGGGGUUUAGGGAAAACUACUAUUGCUAAGAGAAUUUUCAAUGAUGAAGAGAUCGGAAAGCAAUUUGCAAAGAGAGUUUGGUUGUGUCUACCUGAAAUGUCAGACACUAAGAGCUUUCUUCAACAGAUCCUCCAAUCAUUGACAGAGCGGAAACUUGAGGUCCAAACCAGGGAUAUAAUAGUCAAGAAACUCCGAGAUGAAUUAGGAGGAAAAAGAUAUUUGCUUGUCUUAGAUGAUUUGUGGCAUGUUGACCUUCCAGUGUGGGAUGAGUUCAUGGACAGCUUGAGAGGAAUAAAUACUUCCAGAGGAAACUGCAUUCUUGUGACGACUCGUAUGAAACUGGUGGCAUCCACAGUAGCAGCAGUAGGUCCUCAUAUGUUGGAAAAAUUAGCAAAAGAUCAUUGUUGGUCGAUUUUCAAACAAAGAGCAUUUGUUGAUGGGGAAGUUCCACAGGAAAAACUGAGUGUGGAGAACAGGAUUGCUGAAAUGUGUCAAGGUCUACCGUUGGCAGCAAGUGUUUUAGGAGGCCUCUUGCGCAACAAGGAGAAGCAUGAAUGGCAGGCAAUUCUUGAUGGAAACCCCCUUGUUGUAGGUGAAAAUAGCUUAAAGAAAAUCCUAAAACUCAGCUAUGUUUAUCUACCAUCUCCAUAUCUAAAAAAAUGUUUUGCUUACUUUGCAAUGUUUCCAAAAGAUUAUAAGUUUGGAAAGGACCAACUAAUCCAACUCUGGAUGGCAGAAGGGUUUCUUCAUCCAAGUCAAGAGAUCCCUGUGAUGGAAGACGUAGGGAACAUGUUUUUUCAACUUUUGUUGCAAUAUUCCUUGCUGCAAGAUGUUGAGCUAGAUAAGAACAACAAUAUAACAUGCUGUAAGAUGCAUGAUCUUGUGCAUGAUUUGGCGAGAGAUAUAUUGAAAUCUAAAUUAUUUGAUCCAAAGAGAGUUGGAGGAGAAAAUCUUUCUCAAGUCCGAUACUUUGGAUGGGACUCACCAAGUGAUCAAAUAGAGAGGAUAAAUGAGCCAGGACGUUUGUGCACAUUGUUUUGGAAAAGAAAUCUAUCUGAAGAUAUGUUGUUGAGCUUUCAGUUCUUGAGAGUUUUAAAUUUGUCCAGGUCAGGCAUCAAGGAGUUGUCAGCCAAUAUCGGCAAGCUAAUAUACUUGAGAUAUCUUGAUCUCUCCAACACCGAAGCUUCCAGAAGAAAUGGCAAAUAUGAUAAGUUUGAGACACAUCUAUUGCAACUAUCAUUACCAAUCAGCUUUUAG